AUGGAAAGUGUGAAUUUUGCAGGAGAUAAUCCUCAGCCUCGCUUUGGUCACACCAUUUGUGUCAUAGCUCCUAAUAAGAUCGCAUUAUUUGGAGGUAUAUUUUGAAUAAAGACUUAAAAGGCGCUGUUGGUGAUACUGGAAGGUACGUAAUAACAGGAGAUGUGUAUAUUGGAGAUAUAAUUUAAAAAAAAUGGAAGCGAGUUGAAGCUAGUGGAAACGUACCCACUAAUAGAGCAGCUCAUUAAGCUUUGGCUAUUGAAUUAAAUCAAAUGAUUAUAUUCGGAGGAGCAGUAGGAGGCGGUGGUUUAGCAGAUGAUAACUUAUAUGUAUUUGAAUUAAGAGAAGAUACUGGAACUUGGGUUACAGUUCCUGUGAUUGGAACAACACCAGGAAGAAGAUAUGGUCACACUAUGGUGCUUAUUAAACCGCAUUUGAUAGUGUUUGGUGGGAACACAGGACAAGAACCUGUGAAUGAUGUUUGGAGUUUUAAUUUAGAGAAAUCACCAUAUUCAUGGCAAAAAUUAGAGUGCUCAUCUGAAUAACCUGUUGUAAGAGUUUAUCAUUCUGCUGCAUUGUGUUCAACAGGUUCUGCCAAUGGGAUGAUGGUCGCUUUUGGAGGUCGCACAAGUGAUCAAAGUGCUUUAAAUGAUACUUGGGGUUUGAGAAGACAUCGCGAUGGAAGGUGGGAUUGGGUGAGAGCUCCUUAUAGAUCCUAAACCGAUUAACCAGCUUAACGAUAUUAACACUCUACUUUAUUUUUAGGAACAUUGAUGUUAGUGAUUGGAGGCAGAUCUAAUAAUGUGGGAGAGACUUUGCCUUUUGAAAUAUAUGAUACUGAAACAUCUGAUUGGUAUAAAUUUUAACCAAUUCAGAGAUUCAGGCACUCUUCAUGGUUGGUGGAACAAUUUUUAUAUCUUCAUGGAGGAUUUGAUUCCGAUCAACCAAACAUACCAACUGAGAGCAUUCUUAGAAUAGAUUUAAAUAAGAGAUUCGCUUAAACUCCUCAAUUACUAAAACAAAUGAACACUAUAAAAGCUGAUUAAUCAUUCACCUAAUCUUUUAAUCCUAAACCUUCUCUUCCUUUGGCUUAAACCUAAGAUUAAUUUAAAAAGACAAAUUAAUAAACUUCUGCUCAAUCAAAAUGUAACACUUCCUUUAUAUUUAGAUUCAAACCCUUAUCAGUAAAUUAGAGUUUCAAGUGCGACUAAUAAAAACGUUAGAUUGGCUAAUUAAGCUUUGGUUGCUAUGACAUAUAGUCCAGAAGAAGAUAUAACUAAUCAAGUCAAGAAAGUACCAAUAGAAAAAUUAUAAGAUGAACAUAAAAAAUUGGGACCUGGAUUUUAAGAUCCAAAUUCUUAAAAUAAAUCAUAAUUUUUAGAUUAGUUAUGUUAACCAUUUAUGUAGAAUCUAUUAAUACCCAAAGAUUAUUCAUAGAUCCCUCCAAAUUCUAAUUUAUUAACAGGCAUCAAAAAGGAAAUGAUAAUUAAAUUAUGUGAUGAAGUUUAGCGAAUUCUAGAGAAGGAACCUAACUUAUUGAGGUUGAGAAGACCAAUCAAAAUAUAUGGGAAUUUGAAUGGUUAAUACCUUGAUUUAAUGAGAUUUUUUGAUCACUUCAAAGCUCCGUACGAUAAUCUAUACAAUGGAGACAUUGAUUCUUAAGAUUACUUAUUUUUGGGGGAUUAUGUCGACAGAGGUUCACGAUCUUUGGAAAUCAUUUUACUUUUAUUUACAUUAAAAAUUAAAUAUUCUGAUCAAAUUCAUUUGCUUCGAGGACAUCAUGAGGACCCUAAAGUAAAUAAAGCGUUUGGUUUUGCUGAUGAAUGCUUUAUAAAAUUUGGUGAAGAUAUUAUGGAUCCAAACAGCAUUUACUAAAGAAUAAAUAGAGUUUUUUAAUAUCUACCAUUAGCAGCAGUUAUCGAAGAAAAAAUCUUUUGUGUACAUGGUGGUAUUGGUUAAACUAUGAGGACUAUCGAUGAGAUUGAAUUGAUAUAAAAGCCGUUGGAAAUAGUUCAUGAUCCUAAGACUGUACUUUAUUAUAUCUAUUUAAGUAUUAAUAAAAAAUAGCAUUGGAACUUCUCUGGUCUGAUCCUUGUUUACAAGAAGAGGAAUUAGAGAAUACACCAAAUCCAGAUAGGGAUAUAUUUUAAAAUAAAUAGAUUUUCAGAUUUGGAACAAAUAGAAUUAAUAAAUUUUUAUAAGAGAACUCUCUAAAUAUGAUCAUACGAUCACAUGAACCAACUAUGGAAGGAUUUGAAAGGUAAAACAAUAAUGUAAUCACCAUAUUCUCAUGUCCAGAUUAUGGAGGCAAUCAACCAUAAUGUAAAGGAUGUAAGAUAUUGAUAAUAUCUGCUAAGCAAUUUUGACGAUUUCAAAAAGAGGUGAAAUUAUACCUAAAGUCAUAUUACCUGCUGCUCCGAUUUAAGAAUAAAGAUGGAUGGAUCUUGAGGAACCAAUCUCAAGAAAGAAAGGAUUUGCUAAUUAUUUAGUUAUAUAGAAUGAGGAAGUUUAAUUGAGAAAAAGACCACCAACUCCACCUAGAUAGAAAAGAUUUUCGUCUUAAAAAUAAUUCAAAUGA